AUGAUUGAGCCGCAAGAGACCAACUGGCGCCGCGGCCGAUUUGCUGCGGCCGUGUUGACCGUGGCGGCCCUGACGCUUCUCGCGCUCGCUGCUCCUAGUAUUGCGCCUCAGACGGCGCCGCUCGACUCGCCGGCAGUGAUGAAGGAGCGGGGCCCCCGUUGGCAGGGAUUCUUCCACAAUCUCUUCCCUCCGCCGCCCGCCCCUCCGCCGCCGCCGCCCCGCCGCUUCGGUGGGUACGGCGGGUACGCGUACGGUGGCGGCCGCGUCGGCAACCAUGUCGACGGCCACGGGUGCGCGCUGUCGGCCGGCUUCUCAUGGUGUGCUCCCAAGGGGCGGUGUGUUCGGCUCUGGCAGGAGGGCUGUCCGGGCAUGUACGGCAAGGGCGGUGGUGGCACGUAUGGCAAGGGCGGCGGCGGCGGCGGAGCGGGCUACCGCUACGGCGGGAAAGGUCCGGGCGGGUAUGGCGCGUACCACUACGGCGGCGGCGGCGGCGGCGGCGGCGGCGGCGGCGGUCCCAACAUUGGGUUUGGCGACGACGGCGGGCAGGCAGCGGCGGCCAGCUCCGUCAACUCCGAGUACACCGACGAGGUGCUCGACGACGUGUCUCAGGGCGACCUGAUGGGGGUGGUGUCGACGGCGGUGGUGGCGUCCAAAUACGACUUCACCGGCAUCGGCCACGCCUCCAUCCAAGGGUACAAGGGCGCCGCGCAGAUGUCGCAAGCCGUUUUUGGCGGCCGGUAG